CAGCUAUUGUCAAUAUUGUCGAAAGUGCUUUCUGGCUUACACGACUUCUCGUUAUUAUUUUCCAUGGUAAGAAAUUAACUUCUUUGUCUCUGAAAAGAAGCAAUGCAUAAAAAUGCAUUGUAAAAUAACAUGUACAUAACGCGUAUUCUGAUUGGUCGAAACCCGUGUUUGGAUCAGGCCAUCCAAACACGGAAGACUAUCGUGUUGUUGUUAUUUUAUAAAACAAUUACUUUAUGGUUUCCGUGUUUGGAUGGAAUGAUCCAACCACUUGGGAAUGUUGCUCGAGUUAAGAAAAGCGGGCAAAAUCACUCGCCUUCGGCUCGUGAUUUCGCUCGCUUUUCUUAACCCUCGCAACAUUCCCGCGUGUUUGGAUCAGGCCAUCCAAACACGGAAACCAUAAAGUAAUUGUAUAUUCGUAGUUUUUACUCAAAAUAAGUUUUCAUUAUCUUUAUUUCCAGAACAAUUUCUUACGCUUUUUGGAUUUAUUUCAAAAAGAGUCCGUGAAAACGGAUGCGUGUCGACUUAUUAUGGAGGCAUUUUGCAGGUACCUUGGAUAUAUGUAUUCCUCGAUUAUAAUGAAAGAUUUCACAUCUUUUCACACUCUAAUAACUGUCGCUUGACUGCCUUCUCAGUACCACUGACACGAUUCCCUCAAACAUUUCUUACAAAUCCUUCACAACUUAGAAUUUACCCAAUAUGCAAAAUUCCUACAGUGAUCACAGAAACUUUGAUAGUGUAAAUCAGGACUUUUAAAAGUUUUAUAUGGGGCCCAUAGGUGGAAAAAACCGUCGAGCACGCGAGUCUCGCUCGCACGAAAUGCUAAACAGCUGCAGAAAAUUUGUUACAUUGAACAGUUUGCGACUUAAAAAUUUGAAGGAAAUACCACUAUGGGCCCAACAACUUAUGGUUGACAGACAUCUUUUUUUCUGAGUUUAAAACCAUGGUCAACCAGGACAACACUAUGUUUGGGCACAUAAUUAGCACAAAAAUAUUCAGUUGGUCUGCCAUUUUUGGGUUACUGCCUUUUCCAAAUCUGAGAUUGUACGCAGUGAAUAAGGAAUUUGUAUAACUAUAAUUGUGAUUAUAAUCAUCAUAAGUUAAUUUUCAGUUAAAUAUUUGAAAAAAAUGUUUUCACAUCGCUUAGAUUUUUCACGUCGUUUUCAAAAAAGUACCCCAAAAAUGGCGAAUUUGGCCUUCGUGAGAAAGGCUAAUUGUUUACCUCCAGCUAAGCUGUACUCCCAGGAAAAACUAUUUUCUCCAGCCAUGAUGGAGCCCACUGAUCCAUGAUCGAGCCCACUCGUCCCAACUGUUUGGUAUCAAAAGUGUGUAAGGGUAUUCCACCCCUCUUGUUUGAGCUUGGAACACAGUUUUAGUUUUCUGUUACAGAUAUCAAACAGAGAGUACAAAUGAUCCCGUUAUCGUCAAUGGUUUGAUGUUUGUCUGUAAAACAUUACACGACUCUGUGAGGUAGGAUAUACUUGGAAGAAAUUUAAAUAUUUCUACAAAUCCUUCAGUCGUAAUGCUUAAAAUGGUAUAGGAUUGACCAGUUAAAGUGUUUGUGACACAAUCGUUAGUCCAUGCGACUUUGACCUCUGUGAUGGGGUUUGCAUGAUUCUUGCAAUAUACAGUUGUCUGAUCAGAAUUUUAUAUCAGUUGCUCGUGAGAAGAGUGCUUCCAGUUUGACUCUACCAAACCAUGGCCGGAUUUUGAGGGGAGGUGUGGGGAGGUGCGCACCUUCCCUAAGAUCGUUUCGCACCUCCCCUGAGAAUUUUUGAACCUCCCCUGAAAAGUCAUGCACCUCUCUUGGGAAAGUUUCAAUGAUAGAUCAAAGUGAAAGCUUUACAUUUUUGGUUGCCUAGAGUCUACACUUCGUACGAAAGUUUUUAUUUAAAAUUGAAACAGUGAUAGCCAUUCAUCUCUGUGUCAAGUAUUCUUUUAAUGCAAUGUUUCGAAAGAAACUUUGUAGUGAUUGUAAUGAAGGCCAAAAUUGUAUGAGUUGUACAGUCAUAAUUCAUUAAUACACUGAUACAUAUGUAACCAGAAACUCGACGUUUCGAGCGAAGGCCCUUCGCCAAGAGUUAGUAACCACUCAGCACAGCAUUUUCACAUUGGUACUACCUACACUGGUACAGACAGUUUUUGAUACAUAUGUACACUACAUGCAUACGUCAGGUCGUUGACUUUGGCCCGUUCUGAGCCCUAACUUCCCAUGGGGGUCGUGAGCUAGACCGCUGCACCUCCCCUAAAUUUUUUCCACCUUCCCCACUAUUUCCACCAAAAUCCUGCCUUGGUACCAAACAUCGCAGGUUUUCUUUUAGUAAUCCAGUUUCCUCCUGAAGUAACACUAGACCAAUAAUAAACAGCCUUUACCUCUAUGGAGAACAUUCCUAGGGCCGGUUGUUCAAAGGUGGGUUAGCGCUAACCCUGGGUUAAAAUUUAACCUGCUGUUUUAGUUCGUGUAUUUCUACACGUCUGUUUAUUUCCAAACAUCAGAGAAAUAAACUCCUAUCGAUCCAGACAAGAUCUUUGAAGAAGUAUUUCCAAAUUUAUAGAAUUGAAGUUUGCUUUGAAUUUUGGGUUAAUCUAGGACCAAACUAACCCAGCUUUGAACAACCGGCCUCAGAACUAUUAGAAUUAAGCAAAGCUCUAAAUAAAAAUAUUAUAUAAAUACAAAAUAGAUUAAUAAACAAAUGGAUGAAUGAGUAAAGCUGUUCAUUUUAAAUAAACUAAGUCUUUUUUGUAUAGUUCGCUAACAUUGGAUGAUGAGAAGAGAGCAACUGGUCAACUGGUUACAGGGUUUGUUCGAAAGAUUGAUUAUGGCCGCGAUUUUGAGCAACAGUUGAAUUUUUUUGUCGAAGCAAGAGCGUCAUUUUGUAAUUUGGAUCCAGUUCUUGUCUGUCUCGUACAGGUAAGUUGUCGUCUUACACGCUUGGGGUGUUGGUUCCCUUCUACUCUUGUAAAUUUCGACCGUUUCGGAAUAUUUCAUUAUCUUUUUUAUUGUUUUCUUUCCAUUGUCUGUUCUUCAUGCCAUCCAGUCACGAUCCAGUUAUCGGAAUGUCCCAUUGUUUUGAAAAUCCCACUGUUCUUUAUGCCAUCCAGUCAUGAUCCAGUGAUCAGAAUGUUCCAUUGUCUUUUCAUUGUUUUGAAAAUCCCACUGUUCUCCAUGCCAUCCAGUCAUGAUCCAGUGAUCAGAAUGUUCCAUUGUCUUUUCAUUGUUUUGAAAAUCCCACUGUUCUCUAUGUCAUCCAGUCAUGAUCUAGUGAUCAGAAUGUUCCAUUUGUCGUUUCAUUGUUUUGAAAAUCUCACUGUUCUCCAUGCCAUCCAGUCACGAUCCAGUUAUCGGAAUGUCCCAUUGUUUUGAAAAUCCCACUGUUCUCCAUGCCAUCCAGUCAUGAUCUAGUGAUCAGAAUGUUCCAUUGUCGUUUCAUUGUUUUGAAAAUCUCACUGUUCUCCAUGCCAUCCAGGCACGAUCCAGUGAUUGGAAUGUUCCAUUUGUCGUUUCAUUGUUUUGGCAUAUUUGUGCCAUUAUGCAAAGGCAAUUUCGCUAAGAAUUGCAAACGACAAGUGAAAACAGUCGUUCUCUGCUGGUUGUAAAUUUGAUUAUUUUUUUAGUGUGUUAAUUUGUUAUCAAUGAAAACAAGAACAAUUGUGAAAGGCAACCACACAAGAAAGACGGCAGCAUUUAUUCGGGUGAAUAUGUCAUGCCAUAUUAGACUUAAACUUAACUCUAAGAUGUCUGUUCUAGUGGCACAACGUAGCUUCUUAAUGAGGGAUGACGUCAUCCAUCAACGAUAUUUGAGUAGAUAAAUUUUGUCACAGCAAAAAAAUGUAUGUGACAAUUUUUUUUGUGAUCGGACCAGUGUCCGAUCAAAAUUACUUUUGCUCGGACAUUUGCCAAAUUUAGUCGGACAUUGUCCGAUGUCCGACAGUAAUUUGCAGCCCUGCCUCAGAAAGCCUUCGUCUUGAUCAGGUUGAGCUGAGUCCCUCGUAAUUCAGCUUAGCUCUCAGCUGCAAGUAAGGAUCAUUAGCCUCACCCACUUAUAAGGGGCAACUUUAAAUCUCCGCUGAUGAAAAACACUAACUGGACUAGAAUGUCGGAACGUUGGCUUUUUGAUAUAACUUGUGUUCUUAAUUCCUCCAUAGGCUUGUGUUGCGUUCUCAUUCAUCACCAUCCCAUCAAUUCAAGAUAUUUUUAACCGCCUUACUUUGUACCUCGAGUCGGGGAAAGUCGCAUUCGCUAAUCAAGCUCUUAGCCAAGGCAAGUAUUGGCAAGGUGUCAGUAAAGGCUGGCAGGGACGUAGCGAAGCAUCUGAAGUUGGGAGGUCGUAGGAUUUUACCUGAAAUUUGAAUUUCAAUGUUGCAUUUUUCUAAAGUAAAUUCGCAAACAAAUUGGAUGUAAAUUGACUGUAUUUUACAAAAAUGGUUAUCUUUUCACAAAAAUAAUUACUUUAUUACGCAAAUUUUACCUGAAAAUGUAAAAAUUUUACCUUGAAUUUUACCUGAUUUUUGCUUGAGUUUCACAGUUGGGGGUUAUACCCCACACACCCUAGUCGCUACGUCCCGGAAGGCUGGUUUACACUCCCAAAGUUUCUAUGAUCACAGUAGGAAUAUUGCAUGAGUAAAUUGUAAGUGAUGAAAGAUUUGUGUGAGGAAACUGAUUCAAUGUUUAACAUCGAGCCGGUUCCCGCAAGCAUUUCUUACAAAUCCUUCAAAACUUAGAAUUAAUAGAGGUUUCCUUUAUAAAAACACUGAUAUACGUUUUCUUAUGAAUUUAGUGUCAAAUAUUUAUGUUUUUAUUUCCAAAUUAAUCCAGGUGAUGCAUUCCUAAAAGCCGCAAUAAGUUUGCUUUUGGAAGUUCCAAAAACGAUUGGUAAGACAAGUUGAAAUAUUGUUUUCAUUGGAAUCUCUUACUCUUCAAUAUUUUCAAGAACUUUCACGCUAAUAUUACUUUGUUAUAUGAAUUUUUAGAGAUUGACAGCAAGUCAAAAUCCUCCGAACCGUUUCUUCUUUCAUACCUAAAUAAUUUCCUAUCGUUUCUUCUCGUUGUUCCGGUAAGUUUUUAAAUGAAAAAAAAGAUCUGACCUCUAGGGAGAACAGUUUAGAACUGAUAGAGCUAUACAGUAUAAAUAAAGUUAGUUUCGUUUAGGUUUCUUCCUGUCGUAAUACUGGAUCAAUAUUAAGAGAUGAUUCGACAGUAAAUGGACCUCUAGGAAGAACAGUUUAGAACUGAUACAGAUAUCAAGUGUAAAUAAAGUUAGUUUAGUUGAGGUUUCCUCCUCUGGUAACACUGGAUGAAUAAGAGAUGAUCCUUACUGAACCUCUAGGAAGAACAGUUUAGAACUGACAGAGCUAUCCAGUAUAUAUAAAGUUAGUUUAGGUUUCCUCCUGUAGUAACAUUGGAUCAAUAAGAGAUGAUCCUUACUGAACCUCUAGGAAGAACAGUUUAGAACUGAUAGAGCUAUCUAAUAUAAAUAAAGUUAGUUUAGUUUUCCUCCUGUAGUAACACUGGAUCAAUAAGGAUCUCUAGGAAGAACAUGCAGUUUAGAACUGAUAGAACUAUCUAGUAUGAUAGAACUAGCCUAGGUUUCCUACACUGCAUCAAUAAGGGAUAGUGAUUGUGUGUCAUUCUCUAGGACCACCCUGACCAAGGCGUGCUGUAUUUAGUUCGAGGUCUUCUCAAUGUUAUCGAAGAUUAUCCCUGGGACUCACAAACCGAUGCGAAAAUGAAAGUCUAUCUGAACGUUAUCUCCCUGUUAUCAGCCAUGACACAGGUAAGGAAUUUUUAAACAUAUCCUAAAUAUCCGACAGAGACGAAUUAUCAAACGAAAUGUUCUUUGCCCGAGUUCGUCCAUACGGACCAUCCAUCUCUAUAGUAUAAAACGGCCGUUUAAUACAAGAAUAUUUUCUUCGUAUUUCAGGAGUCAUAUUUUUAUCAUAUGGAAAAAGGCAAGCAAACUUUCUUUUUUCUAACAUACAGAGAGUGUACAACUGUACAUGUAUAUAAAUGCAACUUAGGCCCUCUGGCAGUAAUCCAACCUGCGAUUCCGGUGCAGCGCUCUAACCAACUAGCUACAGAGUCCAGGUGGUAUACUGGGUGCCCCCCAAGAACUGGACACUGUUUGAUUUCAUGUAACGUAAAAGCCAUAAAAGCUAUCGCAAUGAAAUAAAGAUCAUUGCAUUCAGAAAGAACUAACUUAGAUUUUGAUAUAUAACACUUGAAUUUGCAUACAAUAUUGAGCGAGAUACAACCAAAAUAAAAAUAUUAUUUAACAAGUAUAGCUUCAUUAAUUUAGUUUAUUGUACGAUCAUCCAGAUUAAAUUUUUUAAAUUAUUUCUGACGUUUCGGCUACCUACACGGCAGCCAUUAUCAAAGACGUAUUACAGUGGCUGCCGUGUAGGUAGCCGAAACGUCAGAAAUAAUUAAAAAAAUUUAAUCUGGAUGAUCGUACAAUAAACUAAAUUAAUGGAAAAACCCAGAUUCAAGCCUUUCAGUGAAGUAUAACUUCAUCAGUAAGGUUGUUUUGUGCUAAUUUUUGGCAUUUUCAAAAACAGUAGUUGAACAGUAGUAGUUCAAACAUUAAUAGCACAGUCAUGUAAAUUCAAGUGCUGUAUAUCAAAAUCUAAGUUAGUCCUUUCUGAAUGCAAUGAUCUUUAUUUCAUUGCGAUAGCUUUUAUACCUUUUACGUUACAUGAAAUCAAACAGUUUCCAGUUUUUUGGGAGGACACCCGGUAUAUUUAUGUUUUUUUAUAUGUCUUGUUAAUAUUUCAGUUGUUUCAAACGAUGGGAUGUAUGGAAACGAUAAAAAAUUUAUUGCUGAAGUUCAUAAAAUAAUCUCGACAGUCAUAGAGGAAAUAUUAAGACACUUGCAGACUUUGUCGGGAACGGAGGUACGUUUUAUUUAUUCAUGUAUAAAUUGAAGAAAUUUAAUGCUUUCCUAAAACUGGUUACUGUAUAUUUAUAUUUUAGACAAAAAAGAGACAGGCUAGUCUGGCCCUGGAUUUUUUCAAUAGGUGAGAAUCCAUGAUAGUGUUAAAAACUUCACUACGUAAUGAACUGGUACAUAUUUUGAUGAGAGUUUUUCUUUGUUUGACUGUUAAUAUCCAGUCAAUUCUGAUCAACUCUCAUGCAACUCGUGUUUUCUUUGACUGGGACACGAGAGUUGAGAAAACUCACAUGCAAACUCUCGCUUCUCAACUCUCACCAACUCUCAUGCAACUCUUGUUCUCGUUUGACCGGGGCAUGAAAGUUGAGAAAACUCUCAUGCAAACUCUCGCUUCUCAACUCUCAUCAACUCUCAUGCAUGCAACUCUUGUUCUCGUUUGACCGGGGCAUGAGAGUUGAGAAAACUUUCACGCAAACUCUCGCUUCUCAACUCUCACCAACGCCCAUGCAAAACACUAGCACUGGGUUUAAAAACAACAAAUCCAAAGUAACUCAUUUCUCACUGAAGGUUACUGGGUUGUGCAGACUUGGCGAAUGAAGAUAUGUGUAUGCUCGCCGUCAAUCUCUGGAACUUCGCGCAAAAUAAUGGACAGAACGAUGCUAAAUUGAUGGUUGGUUACAUUCAUUGCUUUAUUUUAUUUCGAGACUCGUAUAAAUCUAGUAUGUAUUUUGUAUUUUCAGGCACGUACUUAUGAAUUUCUCAAGAAGAAAGGGAAAUCAAGGCCCGAGGUUUCGACUCUUCUUGGGCGGUUACCACUUGUGUCGCGUGCGUAAGAAUGAACAAAUUGAAUCAAUUUCCAAAUGGAUAAUUCCAGCUACAGACGAAAUUUUGAUCUAGACAAGAAAAACGAAAUCCAUUACCAUAGCUGGAAAGAACAUCUUAAGAUGAGUAAAAUUGCAAAGGUUGCGAAUUGUUGUAAAAUGAGGAAAAUGUAGUCCUGUGAAGUUUGCAAAUUUUGUAUAUAUUUGUAUUACGCGCGGGAAAAAUAACCAUUUUUGACCCAAACUGGCGAAAGUGUUUAUUUUUACCGCGCGUAAUGCAAAAUAUAUACAAAUUUUUCGAAUUUCACAGGGCUAUAUUUUCUUCAUUUUACAACAUUUAGCAACCAAUCUUUGCAGUUUUACUCAUUCUAAGACGCUCUUUCUAGUGUUGGAUUUCGUUCUGAUCGUGCCUUAAUGAUCAAAAUUUAGUCUAUAAGCUGUAAUCACCCAUUAAUUUUGUACUAGGCAAAUGUAUACGUAUAGAAAUGUUUUCGUGAUUUUCAAAGCUAUAAUUUUCGAUGGUAAAUUAUUGUCUAAUUUAUAAAGGGGUGAGAAUUUCUCUUUUUAAAAUAUUUUUAUACAACUGUUUUGUACGGAACUGAGUGAUACGCAUUAUAAGCUGAAAUUAAGAUGCCAGUUUGAAUCUCAUUGAAAAAAACCCAAUUCUCGUUCGUUGAAUAUCUCAACAGCAAAAAGAUCUAUUAAGGGCAUUAAGUGAUUACAGUAAAAAUAAUUGACCAAUGGACCCCUUAUAACUAAAAUUUCGAUCUAGACAAAAAUUUCAUCACAGCUUGAAAGAGCAUCACAAAAUUAGUAAUAUUCCAAAGUUUUGUUGCAAAAUCUUGUAAAAUGCGGAUAAUAUAGCCUUGCGAAGUUUGCCGUUUUUCAGUCAUUUUGUAUUAAAAACGGGAAAUUGACAUCCGAUUCGGGUGUUGGGGCUGCAAUUUCCCGUUUGUAAUGCAAAAUGACUGAAAAUUGCAAACUUUGCAAGGCUAUAUUAUCCGCAUUUUACAACAUUUCGCAACGAAACUUUGGAAUAUUACUAAUUUUGUGAUGCUCUUUCAAGCUGUGAUGAAAUAUUUGUCUAGACUUGCCUAGAUCAAAAUUUUGGUUAUAAGGGGAAAGGUCUAUUAACCAAUGUAAUUAUUAGACAACUGACAUGAGACCAUAUUCAUAAAUCGUGAUGAGACUCGUAUCCUAGGAAACGGGUAAAAACGCGGGAAAAUUGACAAAAUGUUUUUUUUUGCUGUCGGCUAUGACAGCUUUUUUUCGUGAAUAUUACGGCUUCUUUCGAAAAUAAUAUCUAUAAAACUGAGCUUGAAAGUUGAAAAAAACACUUCUCUGAGAAAAUAUAACAUAUUUAAAGCAAAAGAUGCUGGAGUCAAUCGAAAAAGGAAACCUUUGACAAUAUUGCCAAGUUUGUAUGGGCAAAACAAACAACCAACAAGGCUACAAAACGUCUAUACAACACCAAAAUCGUAAGAAAUAUGAAACUAUUGUUGAAGAAAUAGGAUUACAACUCACUCAGGUAAUGUUGCCUUCAUUUUUUAAACUUGUAUUUUUAAACUUGAAUGUUAUCGAGCCACGUACAGCCAUACAUGUAUAGUUCAUGUUUCCGUACGAAUCAAUAACAUAAUUUUGACGUUCUCUUGUGAUUUUUGACUGUUUUCUUUCAUAUUUAUGCCAAAUUCGAAAAAUUAUACUUUCAUUCCAUAGUUGUCUUGAUUCUUCACGGAAUAACCUUUAUAUUGAGUUAAAAUCUCAGUAAAAUACUGUUUUUCGCUACGUUGUCAUUUUUCCACACAAAACGGGAGAAAAACCGGUCGCUUUUAUAGUAUACUCGUUUACCGCUUUUGUUGUGGGCACAAAGUCUUAUUAAAAGUACACACAAAAAUCGUUAUAAAUCGCAAAAAGCAACAGGAAACAAGCCGUUAAAGUCGACACAAUAGUAUCUGAAUUUGGCUUCAAGCAGUUUUCGCUUGUUUUCCCGCGUUUUGUCCCCGUAUCCUAAGAUACGAGGCCUCGUCACGAUUUAUGAAUAAGGUCUAUUGCUUAUAAUUGUGACAAUUCAGCUAGACAAAUCUUUCACUUCAGCACAUGCUCAGAAAAUGUAAAUGUUUAUGAUAAUAACAUAGAAUAUAACAAAGUUAACUAGGCAUUUCAUUUGUGUAGAGUUAUUCCUCAUGUGUGUAAUCCUAACACUUUGUUCUAUAUUCUAAGAAUUGCACACUUUUCUAAACAGACAUCCAUAUCUCCAGGAACUAAAAGUGCACUUUCAUGUUUUCGAAAGUUGUGGAAUAUGGGUACAAAUGGCAGCAAGUUGGUAUAGUCUUCAGUGAAUACAGCUACUAAUGUGAUUGCUGAUAAUGUAUCUAAAGACAAUUAAAAUCUAUAAAAAUUGCAGAAAAAAAUACUUUGCAUUUUUAUUUACAAAAAUUUCUACACUAUGGCCCUGUGUGUAGUUCGAUAUUCAUUGAAUUCCUAAAUCCUGAGCUUCCUUAGCCUGGAAGAAAGUGUACGAGAGAGUGAUAGUGUCCACUUUGUACAACGCUGGGUCAUCCAAGAACUCUGGAUCAAUGUAGAAGAACACUGGCAUAUCAACCUGGAAACAAAGAUAAUGUCAAGGGAUACACCUUUCCAUCAGAAUACUGGGUUUUGGUGGGGGUGUUUGGGGAGAGGGGGUGUUUGGGAAGAGGGGGUGUUUG